AUGGACUCUCCAUGGUUUACAGAAUAUCUUUUGGUCAUGGCCAUGGCAAAGCUCAUGGAUGUAAAACACCCGACAUCGCAGACUCCCGGAACAGACUUGUUCGCUGAAGCCUUGAAGCGUCUUCCUCCACUGCAUCAUAUGGGUGGGGAAGGUGUUAUCGCUGUCGAGAUACUGACAUUGAUUACUACAUAUCUGCAGUGGUGUGACCGCAAACAUGAUGCUUAUCUCUACAUUGGACUUGCACUGCGGCUUGCUAUUGCUCUUGGAUGCAACCUACGGGAAAUUGACCAACGUUGCCUCCCUUCCCAGAGUGCCCACAGAUUAAGACUAUGGUGGACAGUAUACAUGCUCGACAGGCGCCUUUCUUCGGGUCUUGGGCUGGCUGCAGGGGCCGAUGAGCGGCAGCUACGUACUGAACUCCCGCGGAACGCGAUGGGUUUUCAGUCACCAAUUGCCCUUUCCAUCAAUGUUCGUAUCGCGCGAGUCACUGAUGAUAUAAUGUCAUCCCUGUAUGGCAAUAAGUCAAUCACCCAACUAGAACUAGUUCAAAAGAUCCAGCAAAUUCUCCAAGAACUGCAUGACACAGGCCGAUCAUUUCCUAAAUCUUUGAUGUUGGACUUCAAUCGACCUUUGCAGUUGGUAACUCGCACAGGUGCAUCGUUGUACCUAAUGCUUUUCCAGGCUAUUAUCCUAUGUACACGACCAAUAUUACUUCAAAGAGCUCGGUUUCGAGUCCAGAGCCAACAACAGCCACAGUCACCUGAUCCAGCGCCGAGUAUGCUGCUCCGUCUCUGUGAUACAUGUGAAGAGGCAGCCACCAGAAGCCUCGCAAUUCUUGAAUCACUUCGUCGCCAGCAAACCAUCCCCCGGUAUGGCUUUUUUGACUUGGAUGCAACAUUCUCCGCUGCAUUUGUGCUGGUCAUGGUAGGCUUCUUGGACAAGUCACAAAGUCAACCUCCGCCAGCGCUCGAUCAAGCAUCCAAAGUGCUCCAGUUUCUAUCACGGUCUGGUAAUUUGGCUGCCGAGCGACGCCUACAGGAUAUUGCACAAUCAUAUUUACAUGUUUGGCCGGAUCAUGUUUUCGACGCAAAUGCCUCGCACAGCGAUGUAGGCUCCCGAGACAAGACUCAGACAUUUGCUGCCAGUCCAGACUCGAGACAAGAUGCGUUGUUGACUUCAUUGGAUGCUCAUCCGUAUAUGGCUAUGGCGUCAAGUAGUCGGAGUGAUCAUCAAGAUGAGAUCAGACUGCUUGAGCCUUGGUCUAAUAUGGAUGUUCCAGACGCAAUGUUUGAUAUGCAGGGAGACUGGAAUCUAGAUCUUUCCGGGGAAGCCGAAGGAAUUUAUUCCAGUUUCCACAAUCCGACAUUGCCACUGACCGGUGUUGACUACAUCGACUGGUUGGAGAUCGAGAAAGUAUUUAAUGGUCCAUUGAGCGGAUAG